AUGAUGGGCUCUGUGCUCCCAGCUGAGGCCCUGGUGCUCAAAACAGGGCUGAAAGCUCCGGGGCUGGCGUUGGCAGAGGUCAUCACCUCCGACAUUCUGCACAGUUUCUUAUAUGGCCGAUGGCGCAAUGUAUUAGGCGAACAGCUGCUGGAGGACAAGAGCCACCACGCCAGCCCAAAGACCGCCUUCACCGCUGAAGUCCUGGCGCAGUCCUUCUCAGGAGAGGUGCAGAAGCUGUCCAGCCUGGUGCUGCCGGUGGAAGUGAUCAUCGCUCAGAGUUCCAUCCCAGGCGAGGGCCUUGGCAUCUUCUCCAAGACGUGGAUCAAGGCAGGCACGGAGAUGGGGCCCUUCACCGGCCGCGUCAUUGCCCCGGAGCACGUGGAUCUCUGCAAGAACAACAAUCUGAUGUGGGAGGUAUUCAACGAGGAUGGCACAGUACGCUACUUCAUCGAUGCCAGCCAGGAAGACCACCGAAGCUGGAUGACCUACAUCAAGUGUGCCCGGAAUGAGCAGGAGCAGAACCUGGAGGUGGUCCAGAUUGGCACCAGCAUCUUCUACAAGGCCAUCGAGAUGAUCCCUCCGGACCAGGAGCUGCUGGUGUGGUACGGAAAUUCCCACAACACCUUCCUGGGCAUCCCUGGUGUACCAGGACUGGAAGAGGAGCAGAAGAAAAACAAGCAUGAGGACUUCCACCCGGCGGACUCCGCGACCGGCACCGCGGGCCGCAUGCGCUGCGUCAUCUGCCACCGAGGUUUCAACUCCCGCAGCAACCUGCGCUCGCACAUGCGCAUCCACACGCUGGACAAGCCCUUCGUGUGCCGCUUCUGCAACCGCCGCUUCAGCCAGUCGUCCACGCUGCGCAACCACGUGCGCCUGCACACGGGCGAGCGCCCCUAUAAGUGCCAGGUGUGCCAGAGCGCCUACUCGCAGCUGGCCGGCCUGCGCGCGCACCAGAAGAGCGCGCGCCACCGGCCGCCCAGCGCCGCGCUGCAGGCACACUCGCCCGCACUGCCCGCGCCCCACGCGCACGCGCCCGCGCUCGCCGCCGCCGCAGCAGCAGCCGCGGCGCACCACCUACCGGCCAUGGUGCUGUGA